AUCGCCGGCGUUGGGAGCCUUGUUUGUGGCUAUAAAAAUGGUCUGCUUUCAGCAAUGGAAAACCAGAUAUAUAUAUCAACUAACCACCACAAAUUAAUAUAGCCAUUCUUAUUCCAUCCAAACAUAUCUCGCUCGUUCUCGUUCGGUACACUCGCUCGCCAUGGCGGAUUGCUGCAUUAUUAUCUUCCCCAAACCACUGCUUAUGGUGGCGGUGGUGGUUGUUGUGGGAUACUUGGGCGGCGGAUCAAGCCUUGAAAUUUGCGGCACAAUCCCGCCGACUGAUCCCUACUUUCCUAUAUACGUUGGUCAAGUCCUUCAGGAACUGUUUAUGAAUACGCGGGAUCAGUCCCCAGACCCUAAUUCAGGCCUGCGAACUAUGACCGCAACAGAACCGGAGAAUAGCGUCGCCGGUAGCGGUGGGGCUACCGGUAUGGCGACUUGUUCCAGUGGCUACACCGGAGAGAAUUGUUAUCGCUGUCUUUUUACUUUGGUAGACUAUGUGGGCCCAUGCAAAAACGUUACAACCGGCUCAGCUUACUACCCCGACAAGUGCUCCAUGCAAUUCCAGCAACUCUGAAUUGUGUCGUUUCACUUUCACUUUCAUUUGUGGGCUGGGCUGGGCUUGUUGGAAUAAGUUGAUCUCCUGUGUCGUGUCGUGUCUGCUCAUUUUACUGUAUUUUUCAGUUAAUUAUUACAAGUUCAGCUCUACUUUGAUUUCCCCUUCAAUUCAAUAAAACUCUACUCUGGCUAGCUAGAUCUUCAUGAGUAGAGUGGCAAUUGGAUCGGAUUCGUGGAUUUGUGGAUUGGAUUGGUGGAUCCAUGGAUCAAAUGGAUUGGAUCCAAUGGAUUGAUCAAAUGGAUUGGUGGAUUGAUCCAUGAAUCCAAAUGACAUCAAAGGCUUGGACCAAAAUGUAAAAUUUGAAAAGUUUUGGUACUAAAAUGUCAUAAUAAAAAAUUUUAGGUACC